AUGGGGAGCAAGGCCCUGCCGGCGCCGAUCCCGCUGCACCCCUCGCUGCAGCUGACCAACUACUCCUUCCUGCAGGCCGUCAACACCUUCCCGGCCGCCGUGGACCAGCUGCAGGGCCUCUACGGGCUCAGCGCCGUGCACACCAUGCACAUGAACCACUGGACGCUGGGCUGCUACGCCGCCGCCGCCGCCGCCGCCGCCGCCACGGGCCCGCCGGCCGAGCUGGGCCGCUGCUCGGCGCCGGGCGAGGCGCGGGGCCUGGCCGAGCGCUUCCCCUUCCCGGCGCUGCCCUUCGCCCCCCACCUCUUCCACCCCAAGCAGGCGGCCGCCCUCGCCCACGCCCUGCCCGCCCUGCGCAAGGAGCGGCCGCGCUUCGACUUCGCCAACCUGGCCGCCGCCGCCACGCAGGACGACCCGCCCAAAGCCCCCCGCCAGCCGCCGCCCGGCCCGCUGGCCAAGCUGGGCGGGCCCCUGGCCGCGGCGCUGGGCAAGCUCGCCUCCCCGGACCGGCGGCCGGCGCGCGGCAGGCUGCCCUCCAAGACCAAGAAGGAGUUCAUCUGCAAGUUCUGCGGCCGCCACUUCACCAAGUCCUACAACCUGCUCAUCCACGAGCGCACCCACACCGACGAGCGGCCCUACACGUGCGACAUCUGCCACAAGGCCUUCCGGAGGCAGGACCACCUGCGCGACCACAGGUAUAUCCAUUCCAAAGAAAAACCAUUCAAAUGUCAGGAAUGUGGGAAAGGAUUUUGCCAGUCCAGGACCUUAGCAGUUCAUAAAACGUUGCACAUGCAGGAAUCUCCACACAAAUGCCCUACAUGUGGAAGAACCUUUAAUCAAAGAAGUAACCUGAAAACUCACCUUCUCACCCAUACAGACAUCAAGCCCUACAACUGUGAGCAGUGUGGCAAAGUGUUCAGGCGAAACUGUGAUCUGCGGAGGCACAGUCUAACUCACACGCCGCGGCAGGACUUCUAGAGCAGCCAAGAAUCUCCGCAGGGAGCUUAACUCUGGCUACGGGACUUGACAGUAGACAAACCUUUAAAGCCCGUGUGCCGGGCACAGAUCGGGUAGGGGCCCGAUCCUCCGGCCAGACCCUC